UAAGAGAAAUAUGUUAAGAGUAGAGGUAGGAGAGGGAGUGUUUGGGUCAAUACACAAGCAGCAGCAGCGGUCGACUCACGCUCUACACUCUCCGUCUCCACCAUCAUGGGUGAUUCUGAGCUGCCAUCUGGCUGGGAGAAGCGUGUCAGCCGUUCUACAGGCCAGACCUACUACCUGAAUGUGUAUACCAAAGAAAGCCAGUGGGAUGCACCAACUGAGCCAGCCAAGCCAGUAGGAGGUAGCAGCAGUGGUGGUCCUGAACAUGUGCAGUGCUCCCAUUUAUUGGUUAAGCAUGCAGGCUCACGCAGACCUUCUUCAUGGCGCCAAGAAAAUAUUACUAUAUCAAAGGAGGAAGCAAUAAAUCUCUUAGAAGAUUAUCGUCAAGAAAUUACAUCAGGACAGUCAUCCUUUGCUGAACUUGCUAGCAGGGUAUCGGAUUGCAGCUCGGCUAAGCGAGGUGGAGAUCUUGGACUGUUUGGGAGAGGUGCAAUGCAGAAACCUUUCGAGGACGCUGCAUUUGCUCUUAAAGUUGGGGAGCUGAGUCAGAUAGUAGACACGGACUCUGGAGUACACAUUAUUCUGCGUACAGCAUAGGUUUACUCGACAGGACCUGAUUCUUCAGCUAGUGGCUUAAAAUUUGUGAUUAAUUUCCUGUUUUGUCAUGUAUUGGGCAUUCAGGAAUUUAUUUCUUUUUAUAUGUUAAAAAUAUUUGCAAUCAUAAUAAGUUUCGUUACAGAAACUUUUCAUUGCCUCUUAGCUUUCAAAUGCAGAUUACUGUUUAAAAGUUAAAAUAUCCAUUUAAAAGGAAUUAGGCAAUGCUUAAGUAUCAAUAAAAGUUACUAGACUAAGUA